CGGGUGGAGAGCAGACCCCACCCGUCCACGAGGCUACCACAAGCUUCUCUUCUUCUGGUACGUUCUACCCACGCAACUAGUUUGCGAGAGAGAGAGAUUUUUACAUACAGCCAGCCCCACCUCGUCCGCUCGUGAACAUUCAAUCGUACGCCACCUUCGGCCAGCUGCCGACAACCGUCCCGGCGACAAGCUUGACCGGCUCUGCAAGAGCGACCGACGUCCGUACGUAGUCCUCUGUUACCGGCGCCAUGGCCUCCGGUGCCGCGGACGCCGACCUCUACGCCGUCCUGGGGCUCAAGAAGGAGUGCUCCGACGCCGACCUCAGGCUCGCCUACCGGAGGCUCGCCAUGACAUGGCAUCCGGACCGGUGCUCGGCGUCCGGCAGCUCGGCGCGCGUGGAGGAGGCCAAGGAGCGUUUCCAGGAGAUCCAGAGCGCCUACUCCGUGCUCUCCGACUCCGGCAAGCGGCUCCUCUACGACGUCGGCGUCUACGACAGCGACGGCGACGGCCGCAGCGAGCAAGAUGUGUCGGGGAUGGGCGACUUCUUCGGGGAGAUGGCCGAGAUGAUGAGCCAGGCCACGCCAACCGACAGCUUCGAGGAGCUGCAGCAGCUGUUCGUGGACAUGUUCCAGGCCGACCUCGUCGCCGGCGGGUUCGGCGGUGCGCCACCUAUGGGCCGCCGGGUCAAGACCCCGGCCCCGAUUGCAUCCUGUACCUCUGGACCUACGUUUGCGCAAGCACGGCCGUCAAGUAACAACGGUGUCAACAAGCGGUGUUCACCGGCGAUGGGCUCCGGGAUGCCCUCAUGGACGGUGCAGGAGGACGUGAGCAUCGGCGGCAGGAAUAAGAAACAGAGGCUGUCGACGGGCCACGGCGUGUCGUCCUAGGAGGAAGCGAGGGAUGCGCGGCGCGCGUGGCAGCGUAGAUGCGCGCGUGCUCUGUGGAUCUGGCCGACGGUCAGCAACUUUUGGAGGAUGUGAUGCGCAAGCUUUACAAUUAGUUUAUUUUUUUAUUUACUUGUGUUGUUCGUCCAUCUCAAACGGCCUUUAUGCAAGGACGAAAUAUACAAGAUGGUGUAGUAAUCCUGCAUGAGACCGUCCACAAGAUACACAAAAAAACAUGAGUGGAUUGAUAUUUAAAAUUGACUUUGAAAAGGUAUAUGACAAGGUCAAGUGGUCUUUCCUUCAACA